AACACCACCAACCAACCCCACAUAUUUUGCUAUCCCCUCUCUAUUUAGUACGCGUGUAUAUGCUGCCCCCAUUCCCCUAUCUCUUGCUAUAUAUAAAAUCCCCACACUGUUUCUACUUUUUUUUCCUCUCCUUUCAUCAAUUCCUACACCUUCUCAAAAGCAUAAAAAGGGCACUUUUAUCACCAUUGAAGAAUCCCUUUGAAAGGAUAACGAGAGGCUGCUAGAUUCUUCUUCUUUUUUUUUUUUUCUUAAUAUCUGAGCUUGUUGGGGUCAAAGAUCUUAACUUCAACUAUUUGGAUUUCUGGAAUUAAAGAUUACAAUUUUUUUUGUUUUUGGGAAGUUGUGUUUCUUUGGUAAUAAAGAUUUGAACUUUUCUUUGAUUAAUUUGUCUUCUUGAAUUGGUUGGAGUAGAAAGAGGGAGUUUUGUGGGGAUUGAAAUUUUUCUAAGUAAUUUGGUGUAAAUGAGGAUGAGGGGUGAGAUAGUGGGGUACAAGAGGGAGAUGGAAGAUGAGGAAGAGGAAGAUUACAGCACAGAAGAAAUGAACCACAGGGAAAAGGAAAUGGUUGGUGGAGGGGUACCACAGUCUAAGAAGUUUGUUGUGGUGGUGGGUUAUGCUCUUACUUCCAAGAAAGUUAUGAGCUUUUUGCAGCCUAAACUUGAAGGUCUAGCUAGGUCGAAGGGAAUAUUGUUUGUUGCUAUUGAUCAGAACAAACCCCUUUCAGAUCAAGGUCCUUUUGACAUUGUGCUCCAUAAGUUGUCAGGAAGCAAGUGGCGGCGUAAUCUUGAGGAAUAUAGGCUAACACAUCCAGAUGUCACAGUUCUUGACCCUCCGGAUGCCAUACAGCAAGUAUACAACCGCCAAUACAUGCUUGAAGAUGUUGCGGACCUGAACUUGUCGGACACGUAUGAAGUGGGGAGAGGGCCAAAUGCCGGGCUUCUGGGGAAAGUCGGUGUUCCAAGGCAACUGGUUAUUGAGAAAGAUUCUUCAUCUAUUCCGGAUGCAGUAGGUAAAGCUGGUCUGAGACUACCUAUUGUUGCAAAGCCUUUGGCUGCUAAGUCCCAUGAGUUGUCUCUCGCCUAUGACAAGUUCUCUCUUCAGAUGCUUGAACCCCCACUUGUGCUACAGGAAUUUAUCAACCAUGGAGGUAUUCUGUUUAAGGUAUACAUUGUCGGGGAAACAGUUAAGGUGGUUAGACGAUUCAGUUUACCUGAUGUUAGCAAACGUGAGCUGUCAAAAAACCCAGGGGUUUUCCGAUUCCCAAGAGUUUCUUGUGCUGCUGCAUCUGCAGAUGAAGCAGAUUUAGACCCUUGUGUCGGGGAGCUUCCUCCGCGACCAUUACUUGAGAGGCUUGCUAAGGAACUUCGACGUAGAUCGGGACUCCGGCUCUUCAACUUGGAUAUAAUAAGAGAGCUUGGAACCGAAGACCGAUAUUAUGUCAUAGAUAUUAAUUACUUUCCUGGUUAUGGGAAGAUGCCAGAGUAUGAGCACAUAUUCACUGAUUUUCUUCUGAGCCUUGUGAAGCAGAAAUAGCAAGGAAUUGGGAAAAUCAGCUCCUCGUUAACUAUUACUGGAAAUGGAACUACUGGGAAGGAAUCCUCCCCGCAGCACGAGGACGAUAACCUUUCCAAGAUUUCCGUAAAAGCUGGUUAGAGACGCUGGUGGAAAGCGCAGAAGAGCUCUAUCGAUAAUGGCUACGUCUUUGGAAGCUUGCCCCUUGUACACAAUCCCAAUUUACCGAGCAUAGGAUCCAUCUUUCAUUUCCCGUCUUUGAGAAUUGAUAGGUUGGAGGUGAAGAAGUGGUAAAGAAUUGCUUCCACCUUGUAAAAAUGUCGUCAGGAACAUAUCAAUGUACACUGUUGGCUCUUCUAAUCUUACUGGAUACCUUGGUUUUUCG